GUGCUCGUCAAGGACCUGAAAUGUUAUUGGUCACUUUCUUGAUUGCGUGCGUCAACAAGGAAGUAAGACAUCUUUGUGAUGUGAUUUGAACAAGAUGAUUGCAGAUCUCUUGAUUUUCGGGACCUUACUGGUGAAUGCAGGGGCUGUGCUAAAUUUCAAGCUAAAAAGGAAGGAGGGUCAAGGGUUUGAAGAUGACUCCAGAGCUCCAACAACAGGCGACAACAUCAGAGAGUUCCUGCUCAGUCUGCGGUACUUUCGGGUCUUCAUUGCUCUAUGGAACAUAUUCAUCAUGUUCUGCAUGAUCCUACUGUUUGGAUCAUGAUCGGCAGUUGCGGUGAACAUACUCCCAGUGGGAUGAUGACUUUUUCAAGAUGGAUACUCUAAACAUCUCCUUCAUAGAACUUUUCUGUUACUUGCCCUUUUAAUUGUAAUUAUGCAAUUAUGUUCUUUGCCACCUCAAAUCUAAAAUCUCCUUCUGGCUGUAUAGGAAUGUAUGAAUCACUACAUUUAUUUUGUCUAAUAGAGGUUGUUACUUUUUUGUUUAAGCUGUAACUAUACCAGCACCCCUGACUGUGCUGGAUAUGUGUUGCCAUGUGCCCUGUACUUCAAUAUAUAAAAUGGGGUGUGGGGGGUGCUUCAGUUGAAAUGCCAGGGUUGAAAGGCUGGACAGUCUUCACUAACAUUUUUAACACCUCACAUGCAGCUGUCAAAGUUGGUGGUGAACCUUUGAUUUACUGAGUAUAUCUUGCUGAAACAUCUUUUUGUUCCUUAUACAUGCACAGCUGACAGAGUUCAGUUGGAUUCAACAGACAAGGCAGAAUGAUCUUUGUCACUUUAUGAACUCCACCAUCUAAUUUGCUGGUGGUAAAUGGCACAAACCUUUCCAGAUUUACACUUCAGCUGUACUCUUGUGUGUCACUGCAAAAUAUUUCAGUGCAGCCUCAGAUUAAAAAAGAAGCCUUUGUCCUCUCUUCUGGGGCACAUGUGCUGUAAGUCUGUGUGUCAUAAUGUAAAUGUGUCCUUGUUCUUAACAGUAAAAAUACAGUUUUCUUAUUGAGUGUUUAACUGACUUGAAUGUUUGUGACUGCUGUGAUGUGGUUGAUACACUUGAAAGACUUUGUUUCUUUGUCAGUGUCAUAAAUGAUAAAAUGAUGGAAUGAUACUUCUAA